ACCGUUGAGGCGUUGACGCCCCCUCGCCCUUCUCCCGAGGACACGUUCGUCGUUUAAAAGGGACAUCUCAUUCACGUUCCGCAAGAAAACCCCCAACAGCCACCUCCCCAUGCACCCUCACACCACCGGAUCCCACCCAACACUACUCGACAAAUCAAAUUUUUUUUUAAAAAAAACUGAAACAAAAACAGGGAACAGUCAGUACCUUUUGAUCACCGAGCACCUCGCGGAUCGGAUCUUCUUUCAUGUCAACACUCUCUCCUCCGAUUGCGCCUCGAAGACUCGGUCUCAUUGAUUCACAUAAACCCUCCGAUCGCUUUCCAUUUUUCAGACACUCGAUUUUUUUAGGGUUUCGUCUCAUCUUUUUCUCCUUUUCUUCUUGUUUCCACAUAAUGUUAUUAUGUUCAGAGGCUGUUACUGUUGCCGCUGUUUCGUCUUCUUUUUCGAAUUGGAUAAUUUGAUCGGAUUUUCUACGGUUCCAUAGGAUUACAGUUUUGCCACUAGAAAACAAAAUGGCGGCUUCUCCUGUCAAGUUUCUCUUUGGAUUCUUGAUGAUUUCCAUCACAUUGUGGAUGGUUUUCAUAUUUGCUUCCAGGUUGCUGGCUUGGAUUCUAAGCCGGAUUGUCGGAGCAUCUGUUGGAUUCCGUGUUGGCGGGUGGAAAUGCUUGAAAGAUGUUGUGGUGAAGUUCAAUAAGGGUGCUAUUGAAUCCAUAUUAGUGGGUGAAAUUAAGCUCAGUUUACGUCAGUCCUUGGUUAAACUUGGGUUUGGCAUUAUUUCUAAGGAUCCAAAGCUGCAGGUGUUAAUUUGUGACCUAGAAAUUGUAUUAAGGCCUUCAACAAAAGGCUCACAGAAAGCUAAAUCCCGGAAACCUCGCACUUCAGGCAGGGGAAAGUGGAUGGUUGUAGCUAACAUUGCAAGAUUUUUGUCAGUUUCUAUUACAGAUUUGGUUUUGAAGACACCUAAAGCAACUGUUGAGGUGAAGGAACUCCAAGUAGAUAUAUCUAAAGAUGGUGGAUCCAAGCCUAAUCUGUUUGUUAAGCUACAUAUAUUACCCAUUUAUGCCCAUGCUAUUCAGCCACUCUCUGGCAUUAUGGAAAAGUCUUCUGCUCCUUUUAGCUGUGAAGAGUUUUCUCUCUCUUGUGAAUUUGGCCAUGAUAGGGAAGCAGGUGUUGUUGUCCGAAAUGUGGACAUUAACUGUGGAGAGAUUGUUGUGAACCUCAAUGAGGAGCUGCUCUCAAAGAAUAAAAAAUCGUCAGAUGUUUUUUCUGAAACUGAUAAAGUUACAGGGUUAACUGCUGAUUCUGUAACAAAAAAAAAGCCUCAGAAAAAACAAGCUGCAAUUUUAGCAUUGACUAAGUAUACUUCUAUGUUUCCAGAAAAGAUUUGCUUCAACUUACCAAAACUAGAUGUGAAGUUUGUGCAUCGAGAACAUGAUCUUUUUGUUGAGAAUAACAUCAUGGGCAUUCAAUUGAAAAGCAUCAAAUCACGAUCUACUGAAGAUGUGGGGGAGAGUACACGCCUUGAUGUUCAGUUGGAGUUCAGUGAGAUACAUCUUCUUAGAGAAGCUCGCUCUUCUAUAUUGGAGAUAAUGAAAGUUGAUGUUGUCUCUUUUGUCUACAUUCCAAUACAGCCAAUCUCACUUGUUAGAGCUGAAGUUGAUGUUAAGCUUGGAGGGACUCAGUGCAACAUUAUAAUGAGUAGAUUAAAGCCAUGGUUGAGGUUGCAAACCUCCAAAAAGAAAGGAAUGGUUCUCCGAGAGGAAACUUCUACCAUAGAGAAGGCACAAUCAAGUGAAUCCAAAGCCUUCAUGUGGACAUGUACUGUCUCAGCCCCUGAGAUGACAAUUGUGCUUUAUAGUAUCAGUGGUGUGCCGCUGUAUCAUGGCUGCUCACAGUCAUCACAUGUGUUUGCUAACAACAUUUCAAGUACAGGAACCACAGUACACAUGGAACUUGGUGAGCUGAAUUUGCAUAUGGCAGAUGAAUAUCAAGAAUGUUUGAAAGAAAGCCUUUUCAGUGUGGAAUCAAAUUCAGGUUCCUUACUGCAUAUAGCAAAGGUUAGUCUAGAUUGGGGUAAAAAGGACAUGGAAUCAUCUGAAGAUGAUGGCCCUAGAUGUAAAUUAGUUCUUUCUGCUGAUGUGACUGGAAUGGGCAUUUAUUUAACUUUUAAGCGUGUUGAAUCACUUAUAAUAACAGCUAUGUCCUUUCAAGCUCUCUUGAAAAAUCUAUCUGCUGGUAAGAAAGCUACACAUAGCCGGACAGGACGUUCAUCAAAACCAUCAGGGAAGGGUACUCGGCUUUUAAAAGUCAAUCUUGAACGUUGUUCAGUUAGCUUUUGUGGUGAGACUAGCUUGGAUAACACAGUUGUGGCAGAUCCCAAGCGUGUAAAUUAUGGGUCUCAGGGUGGUCGAGUUGUUAUUAGUGUUUCAGCUGAUGGUACACCACGUAAUGCAAAUAUAAUGUCCAUAGCCUCUGAUCAGUGCAAGAAAUUGAAAUACUCUCUUUUGCUUGACAUCUUUCACUUUAGUUUGUGUGUGAACAAGGAGAAACAAUCCACCCAGGUGGAACUUGAAAGAGCCAGAUCUAUCUAUCAGGAACAUCUUGAAGAAGAUAAACCAGACACAAAAGUUGCAUUAUUUGACAUGCAGAAUGCAAAAUUUGUACGACGCUCUGGUGGCCUUAAGGAGAUAGCUGUUUGCUCUCUGUUCAGUGCUACUGAUAUAUCCAUCAGAUGGGAGCCUGAUGUCCAUCUGUCUUUGUUUGAACUGGUUUUGCAACUGAAAGCACUGGUUCACAAUCAAAAGGUUAAGGGACUUGGUAAUGAGCUCAUGGACAAUGUCUCCGGUGUAAGAGAUGCUGAGCAGAAGAAGGAAGUCACUGUGGUGGAAUCAGGUCAUCUUGAUAAAACAAAGAAAAAAGAAUCUAUAUUUGCUGUUGAUGUGGAGAUGCUGAGUAUAUCUGCUGAAGCUGGAGAUGGUGUUGAUGCACUUGUGCAGGUUCAGUCAAUUUUCUCUGAGAACGCUCGCAUAGGAGUACUUCUUGAAGGACUGAUGCUUAGUCUCAAUGGAGCCCGGAUAUUCAAAAGCAGCCGAAUGCAAAUUUCCCGUAUUCCCUAUGCUUCCAGCUCAACUGAUGCAGCAGGUCCAGUGGGCACCAUGUGGGAUUGGGUUGUUCAAGCACUUGAUGUUCAUGUUUGCAUGCCUUUCAGGCUGCAGUUGCGAGCCAUUGAUGAUGCUGUUGAGGAGAUGUUGCGAGCUUUGAAGCUUAUAACUUCUGCUAAGACUCAGCUAAUUCUUCCCAUGAAGAAAGAAAGCUCAAAACCUAAAAAGCCUAGUUCAACCAAAUUUGGGCGUGUGAAGUUCUGCAUACGCAAGCUGACUGCUGAUAUUGAAGAAGAACCAAUGCAGGGUUGGCUUGAUGAGCACUAUCAUCUAAUGAAGAAUGAGGCCGUUGAGUUAGCUGUUAGGUUGAAAUUUUUUAAUGAUUUUAUUGUGGCCAAUCAGUGUCCUAAAACGGCUGAAAUAAGUGACUCUGCUUGUGAAAGAAAGAUUCAGAAUGAUGGAGUUGAGAUCAAUGUGCAAGACCCUUCAGCAAUUGAAAAAAUGCAAGAAGAGAUAUAUAAACAGUCUUUUCGAUCCUAUUACUUAGCAUGUCAGAAGCUAAAACCAUCAGAAGGCUCAGGUGCCUGUAGAGAAGGAUUUCAGGCUGGUUUUAAGCCAAGUACCGCGAGAACUUCUCUUCUUUCUGUUUCAGCUACAGACUUAGAUGUGACCUUGACAAGGAUUGAUGGUGGAGGUGACGGGAUGAUAGAGGUUCUAAAGCAGCUUGAUCCAGUAUGUCGUGAAAGUAAUAUACCUUUUUCCCGUCUAUAUGGGAGCAAUAUUCUCUUAAACACUGGAAGUCUAACUGUUCAGUUAAGAAAUUACACACUUCCUCUUUUUUCUGCAAUUUCUGGUAGAUGCGAAGGCCGUGUUGUGCUAGCACAGCAGGCAACAUGUUUUCAGCCCCAAAUUUCCAAUGAUGUCUUCAUUGGAAGAUGGAGAAAGGUCCGCAUGCUUCGUUCAGCCAGUGGUACAACUCCACCGAUGAAAACAUACUCAGAUUUGCCUAUACAUUUUGAAAAAGCAGAAGUGUCCUUUGGGGUGGGAUAUGAACCGGUUUUUGCUGACAUAAGCUAUGCUUUCACUGUGGCCCUUCGUAGGGCUAAUUUAAGCAAUAGAAGUCCUGGUCUUCCACAGCCACCAAAAAAGGAGCGGAGCUUACCGUGGUGGGAUGACAUGAGAAAUUACAUCCAUGGAAAUAUCACCUUAUUCUUUUCUGAAACUAAAUGGAACAUUCUUGCAACUACUGAUCCUUAUGAAAAGCUUGACAAACUUCAAAUUGUUUCUGGUUCUAUGGAGAUUCAGCAAUCAGAUGGUCGUGUUUAUGUUUCUGCAAAGGAUUUUAAAAUUUUCUUGAGCAGUUUGGAGAGUUUGGUAAAUAGUCACAGCUUAAAACUCCCCGCCAGUGUAUCCAGUGCUUUCCUUGAAGCUCCAGUCUUCAGCCUUGAGGUUACAAUGGAUUGGGAAUGCGAGUCUGGUAAUCCCAUGAAUCAUUAUUUGUUUGCACUUCCUAUAGAAGGGAAGCCUAGGGAGAAAGUGUUUGAUCCUUUCAGAUCCACUUCUCUUUCCCUCCGAUGGAACUUUUCUCUUAAACCCCUGCUUCCUGCAUUGGAGAAACAAUCCCCAUCUGCCUCUGUGUCAGAAUGCACUGUUCUGGAUGGAACUGUAAAUGGGGCACACUUUAAGGCUGAGAAUGUUUCAAUUGCUUCACCAACGGUGAAUGUCGGUGCACAUGAUCUAGCUUGGAUAGUUAAGUUUUGGAAUAUGAAUUAUAUUCCUCCUCACAAAUUGCGUUCCUUCUCUCGCUGGCCUCGUUUUGGAAUUCCAAGAAUUCCUAGAUCAGGAAACCUGUCAUUAGAUAGGGUGAUGACAGAAUUUAUGCUCCGCUUAGAUGCUACGCCUACUUGCAUAAAGCAUAUGACAUUAGAUGAUGAUGAUCCAGCAAAAGGACUGACAUUUGGCAUGACAAAACUUAAAUAUGAAAUCUGUUACAGUAGAGGUAAGCAAAAGUAUACUUUUGAAUGCAAGCGUGAUCCUCUUGAUCUUGUGUAUCAGGGGCUGGACCUUCAUGUGCCUAAGGUUUUUUUGAACAAAGAAGAUUGCAAUAGUGUCACAAAAGUAGUUCAAAUGACAAGGAAAACUUCUCAGUCUGCAUCCAUAGAGCGAGUUCCUAGUGAAAAGAGUAAUUAUAUGAGUGGUUGUACGGAGAAGCAUCGUGAUGAAGGAUUUUUGUUGUCAUCUGAUUAUUUUACAAUCAGGAGGCAGGCCCCCAAGGCUGAUCCUGCCAGGUUAUGGGCAUGGCAAGAGGCUGGGAGAAAAAAUCUUGAAAUGACAUAUGUCAGAUCUGAAUUUGAAAAUGGGAGUGAAAGUGAUGAGCAUGUACGGUCAGAUCCAAGCGAUGAUGAUGGAUACAAUGUGGUUAUAGCUGACAAUUGUCAGCGUGUUUUUGUUUACAGCCUUAAACUGUUGUGGACAAUAGAAAAUCGAGAUGCUGUGUGGUCAUUUGUUGGUGGAAUAUCCAAAGCAUUUGAACCUCAAAAGCCUUCUCCUUCGCGGCAGUAUGCACAGAGGAAGUUAUUCGAGGAGUAUCAGAAACAUGGUGACCCUGAAAUGCCUCAAGAGGAUACUUCUAAGUCCCCUUCUAGCAAUCAUGGUGUGGCUUCCCCUUCUCAACAUGUGGAGACAUCAGGACCUCAUUCAUCUCUAUCACAUGCAGUGGGGAUGGAAAAUUUGUCUACUUCUGCAGUUGCACUAAAUGAUUCUGAAGAGGAAGGGACACGUCAUUUUAUGGUGAAUGUCAUUGAGCCUCAAUUCAAUCUUCACUCUGAAGAUGCCAAUGGGAGAUUUCUUCUUGCUGCUGUUAGUGGUCGUGUUUUGGCCCGAUCAUUUCAUUCAGUUCUUCAUGUUGGCUAUGAAAUGAUUGAGCAAGCACUUGGUACUGGAAAUGUUCAUAUCCCUGAAGGUGGGCAUGACAUGACAUUGAAACGCAUGGAGUUCUCUGUGAUGCUGGAGCAUGUCCAGGCUCAUGUUGCACCAACUGAUGUAGAUCCUGGGGCUGGGCUACAGUGGCUUCCAAAAAUUCGUAGUUCUCCAAAGGUCAAGCGAACUGGUGCUCUACUUGAAAGAGUGUUUAUGCCUUGUGAUAUGUACUUCCGAUACACAAGGCAUAAAGGUGGUACCCCAGAUUUGAAGGUGAAGCCAUUAAAGGAUCUCACCUUUAACUCUCACAACAUAACAGCUACCAUGACGUCUCGUCAGUUUCAGGUUAUGCUGGAUGUCUUAACCAAUCUUCUUUUUGCUCGGCUUCCCAAGCCUCGAAAAAGUAGUCUCGCUUGUCCUGGCGAAGAUGAUGAAGAUGUAGGGGAGGAGGCAGAUGAGGUGGUUCCUGAUGGUGUGGAAGAGGUAGAACUUGCCAAAAUCAGCCUUGAGCAGAAAGAACGAGAGCAGAAGUUGCUACUCAAUGACAUUAAGAAGUUGUCUCUUCAUUGUGAUACUUCAGGAGACCUUCUGGAAAAGGAAGGUGAUUGGUGGAUGGUAAAUGGUGGGAGAUCUAUAUUGGUGCAAGGACUGAAGAGAGAACUUGUCAAUGCAAAAAAAUUUAGGAAGGCAGCAUCUGUAUCCUUACGGGUUGCUUUGCAGAAAGCUGCUCAGCUACGGCUAAUGGAGAAAGAAAAGAACAAAAGUCCAUCUUAUGCCAUGCGAAUUUCUUUGCAAAUUAACAAAGUUGUAUGGAGCAUGCUUGUGGAUGGUAAAUCAUUUGCUGAGGCCGAGAUCAAUGACAUGAUUUAUGAUUUUGACCGCGAUUACAAAGAUGUUGGUGUUGCUCAGUUUACAACUAAGCAUUUUGUUGUGAGAAACUGCCUGCUUAAUGCCAAGUCUGAUAUGCUUUUAUCAGCGUGGAAUCCUCCUCCAGAAUGGGGAAAAAAAGUCAUGCUUCGUGUGGAUGCAAAGCAGGGAGCUCCAAAGGAUGGAAACUCUCCUCUAGAGCUUUUUCAGGUAGAGAUAUACCCACUUAAGAUUCAUUUGACGGAGACAAUGUACAGAAUGAUGUGGGAGUAUUUUUUCCCAGAAGAAGAACAAGAUUCACAAAGACGACAGGAAGUUUGGAAGGUCUCCACAACUGCUGGUGCAAGACGUGCAAAGAAGGUCUUCUCAAGCCAUGAUGCUUCUGCAUCAGGCAGCCACUCAACAAAGGAGUCUGAGAUAUCAUCCAAACCAAGUGUGUCUACUACGUCUGUUACCAGUCAGCCUGUUCCUGCUGAGUCUGCCCAAGCGUCAAAGUUGCAAAACCUAAAGGCAAAUGUUGUUUCUGGUUCUGGCCCUGAGUUGCGGAGAACGUCUUCUUUUGACAGAACAUGGGAAGAGACUGUUGCAGAAUCUGUGGCUAAUGAACUUGUCCUACAGGUUCACUCCUCCAGCAUUUCUUCCACAAAAAGUGGGCCACUAGUUUCCUUGGAGCAACAAGAUGAAUCCUCCAAAAAUAAAAUGAAAGACACAAAAUCUAUUAAGUAUGGUCGGUCAUCUCAUGAAGAGAAGAAGGUCGGAAAAUCCAAUGAAGAGAAAAAAUCUAGGCCUCGGAAAAUGAUGGAGUUUCACAAUAUCAAGAUAAGUCAGGUUGAGCUACUAGUUACAUACGAAGGGUCCAGAUUUGUUGUAAAUGAUCUCAAGUUGCUGAUGGAUACAUUUCACCGUGUUGAGUUCACCGGGACUUGGAGGAGAUUGUUCUCUCGAGUAAAGAAGCAUAUUAUAUGGGGAGUCCUAAAGUCUGUAACUGGAAUGCAGGGUAAGAAAUUCAAAGACAAAGCACAUAGCCAACAGCCAAGUGGAACUGGUGUUCCUGAUAGUGACCUCAAUCUCAGUGACAAUGAUCAGGUUGGGAAAUCUGAUCCAUAUCCAAUAACAUUUAUUAAGCGUCCAAGUGAUGGAGCUGGUGAUGGAUUUGUCACUUCCAUUAGAGGCCUCUUCAACACUCAACGUCGCAAGGCCAAACAAUUUGUGUUACGAACUAUGAGAGGUGAAGCAGAGAAUGAUUUCCAUGGGGAGUGGAGUGAAAGUGAUGCAGAAUUCUCUCCAUUUGCUAGGCAGCUGACCAUAACAAAAGCUAAGAGACUUAUCAGGCGGCACACAAAGAAGUUCCGUUCAAGGGGACAGAAAGGUUCAUCUUCUCAACAGAGAGAAUCACUUCCAUCAUCUCCAAUGGAUCCAAUGGAGACCACUCCAUUCGAAACUGACUCUUCCAGUGGAUCCUCACCCUAUGAGGAUUUUCACGAGUAGAGCUAUCUUUCAUCAACAGAAGGGGAUUGUUUGAAGGCCUAGAGUGGAGCAAACAGUAUGUGAUAUGCAAAUAUGCCCGACUGACAGAGUGCUGCAGGACGGGGAUGAAUGGAACUGAAUUUCAACUAAAAUGCAACCUUGCAUGAAGACAGACUCGAGAUGUUGCUGACUUCAAAUAAAAGCUGGCUGCAACACAUCAACUAUGAAAAAUAUGAAGGUAUGCCUGCUUGGUUAUUGACUAUGGAUGUACUGGUUGAUGAUACCUUCUAUGGUGAUUGAGCUUUAAAUGCCUGGUUAGAUCAUGUUUGCUCUGUAACCUGCGCAUUCGGCCUGAUACAGAGAAGUGCUUCAAGCAGUUCUAAUCUGUCAAUUUUGUAGGUUUUGGGUAGAAAAAAAAUAGUUAUACACGAGCUAUCGAACCCUAUAAUUUUGUACAUAUAUUUAAAUAAUAUAUAUUGGAAUAGAAAUAAAUGUGAAAGUUUCUCUC